CAACCAAACACACAUCAGACAAACUCAUUCACACUGACACAAGGAGAUUGAGAAUGGACCAAGUCAAAUACACGGGAGAGCUAAUGCACAUUGAGGACAUGGGCUCGAGACGUUUGACCAAGGAGACGGUGAAAAAGCUGAUCUACCACUCACAGGAGGCAAAGAAGCAAGCGUACUGCCCUUACAGCAAAUUCAGAGUGGGAGCAGCUCUCCUGACUGUUGACAACUGCUUGUUUACAGGAUGCAACGUGGAGAAUGCAUGUUACAACCUGGGCGAAUGUGCUGAGAGGAACGCCAUUUCAAAAGCAGUGUCUGAAGGCUACACGACAUUCAAGGCCAUUGCAAUCGCCAGUGAUUUGAGAGACCAAUUCAUCUCUCCAUGCGGUGGCUGCAGGCAGUUCAUGAGAGAGUUUGGGCCCAGCUGGGAUGUUUACCUGUCAAAGCCUGAUGGGUCCUACACAAAGAUGAGCAUCAAACAGCUGCUGCCAGCCUCAUUCGGUCCUGAAGAUCUGGACAUGAAAAAAGUACUGGACAUCUCCAACGAGUACUGAAACUACAAUCUACUGUAACACACUGACCUUAGCAUAACUGUUGGUAUGUUGAAAUUCUGUACUUCAGGCUUGUCACUACGAUUGUAAAAAGGUCCUUGUAUUGUAUUGUAUUUUAUGUAAUUAUGGAAAAGGUAUGCAUGUGUUAAUUGCUUAUGAUAAUUUUUUUCACAGCUAUUGAUGCUGGAUAAUUCAAUGUACAUUAAUUAGUGUUGUAUUUACCAGAAUAAAUACACUGAAUAAUUUA